CAAGCAGAAGAAGAAGAACAACAGCAACAACAAUUGAGCAACUCUUUCAUAGCUCACAAAUUUCUUUUGUAAGUGCUUCAUUAAAAGUGUGGCAGAACGACAAACGACCACGAAGCGCUUCGAAGGCGACGGAGCAGGAGAAAGAGUUGGAGGAGGAGGCGGAGUGCAAGGGGAGGCACGACGACAACAACCUGUAUCACCUGCUAAGUGCCGCUCGCGACAAUUGUGCGGGUAAUUGCGAGUCUUUGAAAUUUUUGGUCUCUUUUGAUGAGCUUAUGCCCUGCUCUGGCUGCGGCAUCUUCGAUUCGCCCGUCAUUGGAAAGUUGCGGCCGCUGCGUGACACACAUUUCACGCAUUAGACACGAGCCUACCGCCAGCUGGCCGUUGGAGCUGGACUCUGGCGUCGGGAAGACUAAGCCUAGACUGGCUUUUUCUUGGAGCCCGCACUCCCAAGCAAUACAGCUGAGGCCCCGCUCCGUCCCCCUCUUGCAUUAUUCAUGCGUGCAACGGCCCGAGGAGGAGCGGCCGCCGCAGUCGGCGCAAAGAUGACUCUGCGCUUAGUCAGCGUAUUAUCGCUGGCAUUCAUUUCUGUAUUGCCCGCACAGUUGGAUGCAUUUAUCACGCAGAAUACAGGCUGUCAUCACAAUGGCACUUGGUAUGCUGACAAGUCGGUGGUGCCCAGCAUGGAGAAGUGCCUCAAUUGUCAGUGCAAUCGCAAGACGCUCGUCUGCCGGCUGAAGGUCUGCCCGGAAAUGCCGAUGCCGCCGCCUCGUGGCUGCGUGGUCGUCCAGCGGAAGAACAGCUGUUGCCCCUACUUGUCGUGUGCUCGCUUGGACGCCUUCUACAAGAUACCGACCAAGCGUCGCAUCAUCGCCUACCUGGAUCACUACGAGCGGGAGUCGAUCGAUCGUGUGGUCAACGACAACAUGCUGCAGAGACGUUCCGAUGACUCCGACGUCGAUCUGUUGGUGUGCGUGAAGAACGGAACUGUGUACAAGUCGGGAUCGGCGAUGUCCUCGUCGAAUCUGUGCAGCUAUUGCUACUGCAUUGGUGGCAACGAAAAGUGUGUCAAGCCCAAGUGCAUGCUGCCCGUGGAUGGGUGCAAGCCCAUAUUCGUGGACUCCACCUGUUGCCCGGUGCGCUACGACUGCAGCAGCAAGACCUCUGGCAAGUCCUCGCAGGAGGUGCGCUACAGGAAGAACUCGAACAAGCACUUCCAGCGCAUGGCGCAGCGCUUGCAGCGGAACCGCGGCUGCACCGUGGGCGCCCAGUUCUAUGCGGAGGGCCAGAAGAUGCGAUCGGACGCGGAUAAGCCAUGCGACAUCUGCUUCUGCAUCCGGGGCACGCGCCGCUGUGCGCCGAAGAAGUGCGCGCCAGCCCUGAAGAACUGCAUUCCGGUGGUGCCGAAGGGUCAGUGCUGCCCCUCGAGCUACGACUGCGGCAGCCAGCGGGACUAUCGGCGCUCGCAGAGCUCUCGCCAAUUCAACCUGUACAAUCUGCUCUUUGGCAAGGAGGAGCAGGAGGCGGAGGCGGCAGCAGCUGCUGCCCUGAUCCCACAAAACACCAUGGCCGAGCACUACCCUCUCGAUCGCCAUCCCACUGAGCCACCCGUGGGCGAUCCGCUGCAGGUCAGCAGCGAGAAGAGCAUCUUCGAUACGCUGCGCGAGGGCCUCGAGUUCAUCGAUGGCAACAACAACCAGAUGCUGGCCAAUAACAUGGACUUGGUGGGCAGCACGCCCACGGCCAGUCCGCUGGUGUCUGACCCGAGCAGCACCACAGAGCUGAGCUUCCUCGACCUGCUGCUCGGACCCAGCACAGAGAGCGAAGAGCCCAUAACGCCAGAGGCCACAACUGAGAAGAAGAAGCCAAUAUCCUGGAUGGACAUACUGCUUGGACCCGACGAAGAGGAGCCAGCUCUCGCACUCGAGCCGAUUGCUGCUGUAGAGGCCAGCUCUACUCUGGCACCGGCAUUACCCACAAGCAGCACCACCGAGCGCAGCAUUGAGCGCAUUGCAGACGAUUUCGGAGAUCGAUGGAGCGAGGGACAGUUUGCGGUGGGUGAACUGCCAGCGGAAGCACAGCAAGACUGGGCCAGACCCACUGAAGCACCACCGGCUAGCAGCACAGCACAACCACCCGAUCUAUUCAAUGUGCUGCUGGACGGGCUUUCAGUCAUGCUGAAUGACAAUGCCACCAGCACCACAUCGACAACCACAACGACAACAACAACAACGAGCACCACUACGACUAGAAAGCCCUUUAGCACACACGCACCACCCAUGUUCCGUCCACUGCCGAGCAGCAAACCGCACCACACGCGCAUUAACUCCAAGCUGGCUAAUCUCACAGUGACCCCACCGAUGGUUGUGGUCACCAGCAAGUACGGUCAGCCCGUCACCUAUAGGACGAUGCCAAGCAAGGGCACCACCAGCACCACGACCAGCACAACAACAAGCACAACCACAACCACUCCCAAGCCACUUCCAACCACAACCACAACGACAAGAGCAACGACAACCACCACCACCACAACGCAACCACCAACAACUACAACCACACCAAAGCCUACAGCCCCAAUCCCUCGCACCACCUUCCGACCCACAUUUAAGCACAAGCCAACACCAGCAUACUUCACUAGCACCCCUAAACCACUGAUCAUCAAAACGAAUCCCACCAUUUUGGAAGUGGAUCUCUUGGACGACGCAGACAGCACUGCGCCCACGCUGCCGCCCAGCUUGCCGAACCUGAAAAUCAUUCCGUUUUUGCCCACGGAUGCAGUGGACACGAAACCACCGAUACAACCACCCGAGGGGUACAGCAGCCACACUUACUAUCAGCAGCCAGCGGGUCUGCUUGCCUCUCAAAUCGCCUCCGACAGAGUGGACAGCGAGUACGAUGUGACCUAUGUGGAUCAAGCACAACACGGCGUCAGCUUCAACAGCAACAACAACCACCACAACAUCGAUCAGGCUGCCUACAAAUACAAGUUCAAUGUGGAGGUUCCCGCUGUGGUGGCCCCACCCGAGCCAGUGGUGCACGUCAUUGGCAGCGCAGACUAUGUUAAAUAUGAUUUCAAUGAGCAAGUGGUGCAGCCACCCGUGCACAGUGGUUUCUCACCACCCACCGAGACGGAGGGCGGCUUUAUGCCCAAGGAACCGCUCGUCAUCGAUGGGGAAGUGCUGCAGGAACAUGUCACAUCGAACGUCCUGCUGGGCGAUAAUUAUCACGUCACGCAGCACAUUAUCGAUAUAACGACAGAGAGGGAGGAUAACGAUACGGCUGCAAUAGAGAUCACAACGCCCGAUCCCUUCAAAGAUGUCAUACACACGGAGAGGCCUCCAAAUCUCGAUGUGCUGAUUGGAGACAAGCUGCAGAAGAAACCGGCACAGCAGCUGCAACAGCAACACAUCGAGAGUGUCACAUACAGCAUCAGCCAGUCUUCCGGCAAUAAAACUGCACCAGCAGCAGCAGCAGCAACAACAACUACAACAACAGCUGCAACUACAACCACAAAACAAACACCGCUGAUAGACAAAAAUGAGAUAACCAAACUGGAUGAGCUGCUGGAAGAGCUGUUGGGCAUGAACCUGCCCACCAUACCCCUCACCAGCAGCAGCAGCAGCAAUAGUACAGUGCCGCCUUUUAAAACAUUGCCAACAGCAGCCGCACCAGCAGCAGCAACAGAUGCAACAACACCAACUACUGUGCGCCCACCUGCCACACCCACCGCAGCACGUGGCCACAAGAAGGGCAACAAAACAAAGCCGAAAACAUCAAGCAAUAGACGCAAUCAGACAGCAACAGCAACGGCAAAGCCAUCCCGCAACAAAGGUCAAGCGACCACGCGUCGAACACCCGCCAGCAACAGCAACAGCAACAGCAACAACAACAGUAACGUCAACAUAAACAGGAACAACUCAAUGGGCAGCGCUGCGCAAACAAGUGCAAAAACCAAAAACACACCGGCAACAGUGACAACAACAACAACAGCAGCAACAAGCACUACAACAGCAGCAACAACAACAACAGCAACGGCACCAACAGCAAUUGUUUCCACCACAGUGCAUCCAUUUUUAAUGUCACCAUUCGACAAAUUGCCCUUCAUGGACACCAGCUACGAGGUGCGACAUCAGCAACAGCAAUUGCAGCAACAACAGCAACAGCAGCUGCAGCAACAGCAACAGUUGCAGCAAUUUCAUCAUUAUCAGCAUGCGCCAAGCAGCAGCAGCAGCAGCAGCACAACAACAACGACAGCAGCAACACCAGCAGCAGCAGGAGGAGGAACAGCAACUUUUUCUGGGGGCGAGGGGCUAAUGGAUCCUGCGGGCAUACUAAAAUUAGCCGGCUGCAACAUUUACGGCCGUAUGUAUCGAGUGGGUCGCAUUAUUGUGGAGCUAUCCAAUCAAUGCCUCGAAUGCAAAUGCACCGAGGUGGGCGUCAAGUGCGGCCCAUUAGACUGUUAAUUUAAGCCACGCCUCCAGCCCUUCCUCCGAUAAAUAUCUCUGUGUGCGAGUGUGCGUGAGUCUGUGUAUGUUUGUGUGUGUGUGGAGUGUGGCCGUUUACCAUUUAAGACAACUCUUUCAUUGCCCUUUCCCGUUUUAGCUCUGAACUAAUGCAUUUAGUAUAUAGA